CGGAAAGGUUACCACUUCAUCGGCUAUACAUGGAACAAUAUCUAUGUCUGUUUCUUUCAUAUCUAUUUACACAAUGACUCCAUUUUGAGUCUGUGGACUGUUUCAAAACUUUACUGUAGUUCUAAUUUGUGCGAAAGAGAGAAAGUUUGCAUAACGGUGAUGGAGUUUAACUGCAGUUCGACGCACAAGAAUGACAGCUUUAUUAUUCUGAACCGUGUGGCCUACACUCUUGUGUUCAUUUUAGGCCUUGUCCUGAAUUCUUCAGCCUUGUGGUGUUUCAAACGCACCCCCCAGUGGACGGACACUCACAUCUACAUGCUCAACCUGCUGCUCGCAGACUUCUUACUGACUCUUUUUCUGCCUUUCCGCAUAGUCGAGACAUUGUGCCCCAUGAAUCUGACUAAAUUCUGUUCCUUCCUGAUAUGUGUGCAUUACACCAACAUGUACGCUAGCAUCUUUACUAUCACAACCAUCAGCGUCCAUCGUUACUUAGCCGUCAGGUUCCCAAUUCGGAACAAAUCUGGUGGAACCUCAGCGGUCAGGAGAAAGAAGAUAGCAGUUCUGACGUGUGUUCUCAACUGGCUCUUAGUCAUAAUCCUCUGCAUAACUUUCAGUCCAAAUAUGAAGCCAGAAAAGCUACAAACAUGCUAUGAUCGCAAAGAUAAAGAGAAGUUGAGCAUUAAAUUCCUGUUGGUUUUGGAGAUUCUUGGGUAUCUUCUACCAAUGAUCAUCAUCAUGACUUGUUCGUCACAAGCAAUCAGGGCCGUGCUAAAGUCAUUAAAAGACAUCCGGCGGCACGCACAGGAGGAAAUUAUUGACAAAAGGAAAAACAUCAUUGCCAUAAUCACAGCCAACAUGAUCGUUUUUAUUGUGUGCUUCACCCCGGUCCAUGCUGGUUAUUUGCUGAGGUACCUUUUUAAGGAAGACACCAUUCGUGUUUUUUAUCAUGUCUCUGAGUGGUUAGCAACAACGAAUUGCUGUCUGGAUUCUAUCGGAUAUUACUUUUUGUUGAAAAAAGUUUUCAGAGACAAUUGAUAGCAUUUAAAUCUAUCUGGUUAAUAAUAAUAAGAAGAAGAAGAAAAAGAAGACAAAGAAGGGGGCAUGGGCUCUCUGUGACCUUCAGUAAAUUAAGUGAGGCAGAAAAUGGACAAACAGAUGGCUAAUAAUAAUAAUAUAACACCUUUCUAAUACUGUCACUAAAAUAAAUUAAUAAUAAUAAAAAGACUAGACCAGUAGAUAAAGAUGAAUGGAAAGAAGAAAGACAAAUCUUUUGUCAGAAAAUGUAAAUUUUAAACCGAUUAAACCAAAAUGUGAGACAGAAGUGCGAUACUAGAGGAUUGAUAUCAGUGUAAAAGCUUGUAUUAGAGUCUAAACUGGGUUAUUGGUGUAUCUGUUGGAGCAUAGGCCCAAGAUAUGCUGAACUUUUAAUAGAAUUCAAGACUGAUUAAAGAAUCUUACUGUAGUAAUCUAAACGUGUGAUGAUUAAAAUAAACAUUUUAACACCCACAAAAAUGUUUUUUUUUUUUUUUUUUUUUUUUUUUAGCAGAAAACAGGAAACGAAAUAGAAAAAAGACAAAAUGCAGAUGUUAAUCUUUAAUCUCACAUUUACUGUAAAGCAAAGCCGAUGUAAAAAGAUGAAUAUCUAGUGUUUUCUUCCUUCUUUCUUUUUUCUUUUUUUUAAUUUUUUUAAAUAAAGCACAUUGGAUAGAUAAGAGUUUGUUUUAUCUCUAUAAUCUAUGGUGGCCGUAAUAAUCACAUAGAGUACAUUUCAUAUUUGAUUGUAAAUUAUUUGUUGUGCUUAUGUGAGAUAUGUGUUAUGCCCUAAAGCAUUAUGUACAUGUGAACAGCUUACAUGUCAGCAGACAUAAAAAUGAAUCAUUCAUGUGAGAAAAAUCACAUCUGAAAAAAGAAACAACAUGCACUUAUUAAGAAGGCAUGACCUCCAUCUUGUGUAAAAAUAAAAACACAUGUGAAAUGUGUACCGCAUUUGAAACGUCAAAUUUGCAUGGAACCAUAUGAUUAUUAACAGGUGAAGAUCGCAAUAUUUUUUCAAAAAUCCUCUGCAACUGUAUAUCAAAAUAUUCUCUAAGGUGGAGAAUUAAAAAGGGGAAGAAACCAUUGCUUUUGUUUCUUUAAAUUGGGGCAUGUCAUUAAAUGGGGGAAUGUAGCAGCCCAGCCAUUUAAACCUUCAUGCACAGAUUAUAUAUUGUUACAUGAAUUUCUUACCAUAUACCAGAUGAAAACUGUUUUAUUAUA